CAAAGCACAACACUUGCUGCGUCUGGCUGUCGUUAGUAUGUUUGUAAGGCUAGAAACAAAUGUCAGCGACUGGUAGCUAAUCCGUAGGCUAUGUUUCGGCCGUCUAGGGAUGCCUAAAACACGUUGACUCACCGGCAGAAAAGAGAUGUCGUGGUUCUACCAUGUCAGUCAGGGAUCAAAUGAACAACAACCGCAGCUUAGCGACACGUUUACCCCUGCCGUUGCCAGUCCCUUUUCCAGCCUAGCUGGUUCGACACAGGAAACCCUUGGCAACGCAAGACUAGAGUGGCCCUCCAGCUACUCGCCUCCCGGCCUGCUUACUCUGCCCUCGCCACCACAAUGUUCUGCUCCACCGACCCUUGAGUCCCUCUCGUGUGCAUCCCAUAAUGCAGUGCCAGGUGGGGGUUCUCUGCCUGUGUCAUACGUCACACUUCAAGAGUACCGGUGCGUAAUGAGCUGGUUCUUGGGGUGGACCAGCCCACAGAGAGAACGCUUUCUGCAGGACCUUCUGGGCAAAGCAGUACCUGGGAAAGUGUGCACUCUUCUAGAUUCACUCAAUACUCUACAGGUUAGAGACAGACCUCCGAACAUCUUUGAGUGCCAGCUGCGUCUCUGGACCCAGUGGUUCGAGUCAUGGAGUGAGGAAGAGAGGAACCACUUCCUGCUCGUCCUGGUAGAGCAUGACCCGGCCUUUGUAGCACGGUUCUACCAGAGUGUGGCCGGUACCGCCGGGAGAGAGUGAUGGCUUAUGGGAGUCGAGCCAUGACAUCGGUGCUUCGAUUGAAGUAUGUGCGAUGGGUAAAGGAUUUGAAGGUGAUUGUGACUUUUAUAUCAAGUAAAAGCAGGUCUGAAUACCAAAUGUCUCUCUUCCUCCUCUCCCUCUCUGUCUCUCUCUCUGAACCCUACUCUGACAGUGAUGGUAGGCGAUCUAUUGUUGAAUACAACUUGGAUAGUAGGAUCAUUGUGUUAACCUGCAUCACCUGCAAUAGAAACCAAUGAAGUGUUUGGAAGCAGAAUACCUACAGCAUUAAAACAAACAAAAAACAAAAACAGUUGAAUAAGGGCUAUUGUUUAUCUGUUGCUAAAUGCGUUUCCCAGGGCCUUGGCCCUACAGUGUGCAGUUUAUAAAGGUCGGAAAUGAGUUAUAGCAUGGGGAUUGGAACUUUGGUAUGGACUAUUAUUAUGAAAUCCUGACACCUCAAGGCACUGUGCUCCUGGUUUGUACCCAAUCAUGUAAGCUUCUGGAGGGAAUAGAAAUACAAGACACACGGGUAAAUCGAAAAGUAUUUUAAGCUUCUGAUAAUGUAAUCUGAUAAUUUCAACUUUCUUAUUAUUGUGAUCUUUUUUUUACCAUAACAAGAAAUAAAUGCAGUAGACUACACUAUUGCCUCUGUUUCAUCUCACUUGUUCAUUAUUUUUUUAAAUCAGACGAUAAAUGUAUUACGAUCAAAUCUAAAUGAAUCCCAAACAGUAGUUUGAUCAGUCACAUCAUUCAUUUGUUUAACAUUUACAUAUUAUUACAAUUAACUUUUGCGUUGGCUGACAUAUACAUUUUACUGCACGCAUCUCUGUGUUUUGUCUUUUUAACAUGCAUACACAUCUGAAGAGGAUUCACCAGUGCAGACCCAGUUUGAUAAUCAUGUCAACGCAGAUUAAGUGGCCUUCAGUCCGUUUACUUGAGUUAAAGAAAUUAAUAGAAACACCUUCCUAAAGAAUGAAUUUGCCUAUGCUAAUGUUAAGUAUAUUAAUCUGAUGUUAUGCCCCAUGCCUUAACUGAAUUAAAACAUUGAAUGGUGGUAUCCUUAUAUUUAUUCAAUAAAUGUAACUGGUUUGAGGAAAGUCGGCUCUCAAUGUACAAUUCUGAAAAUACUUGCACAAAGCGGUACCCUCAUACUGCAUCAAACCCCACAGAAAAGUAGAGCAAAGGUCACUCUUGUGUUGGAACCUUCGAUGCGUUCUACCCCUCAUUCCAUGGAUGUUGUUUCUCCAAGAGUUGCACACAAUCUGUUUUACUGCGCCAUCUUGUGUAGGCAAGUAUAUAUUGAUCCAACUAUUGUUCCGCGAUAUACAACACAAUAACUGUAAAGGUAACGAACGCGUCCUUGCCUAUAAGCCACAUUGGCUUAUAUGCUUAGUGAUACAGCACUCGUAGCCUAUGUCCUUACAACUCACAAGUGAUCGUUGCUCGUGAUUUAAGGUUAG